AUGACGAGUUUGAAAUAUCUUCUGAGAUUUUUGAAUCUCUUCUGAUAUUUGAUUUCAGACCUCAGCCUUUGGAUAGGAACCAAUUUAUCAGAAAUAAUGAAGAAGAUAAAUUUUCUGAUUUAUAAAAUUCUAAAGAGAAAGAAGAUUGUAAAGAGCAAGAUAAUUUUGAAAAGAAAAUGAAGUUGAAUAAAAUUUUGGAUACCAUUGAUAUUGGUCAAGAUAAAUGGCCUUCUUCACUCACAUGAUGAUCCAGACAAUAAAAAUAUCAUUGUUGCCAAUGAGUUCGUAUCCGAUUGCUACUCAAAGUUAAUUCGCGCAGCAAAAUCCUAUCAGACCGCUCAUAAAAUAUGGAAGUUCAAUGCAUAUUUCUGGAUGCUUCGGUGGAAAAACAAAUUUGUGAAUGAUCUUCAUGCAAAGUUGGUUAUUCUAGUGAUAAAGAAUAGUGGAUUGGACAAAUUAAACUUAGACUCUUGAGGUUUAUUUAAAAAGAUCAUUUCCAAAACUGGUAACUUAUUGAAACCUGAAGAAUGCGAUGUAGAGUUUGUAAGAAAAUAAUAUCCCAAUUGAAAAAAGAGAAAAAUGAGGAUUUGAAAAGAAUUUGCCUCAAAGAAAUCAGAAGAUCUUUGCUUACUUUACCAAACAAAUUAAAUCUUUAGAUAAUCUAAGUAACAAAGACUAUAAAAACUCGAAGGAAACGAAAAACAAGAAUCCUUGACAUAAAAAUUAUGAAGAUUUUGAACAUUCCAGCUUAAUCACAACUAACUCUGACCCAAUGUUCAUAAAAAUCAUCAUCAGCAAAUUUCUCCGGAUUUAUAAAUCUGCAAGUGAGAGUUCAGAAACUAAACUCAAAUUUACAAGGAAGCUUCAGCUUCUUAUUAAUAAACUGAUUGAGAUUAUUUCAAGUCUAGAACCAGAUUUCCAAAACCAGGGCUACAUAUAUCACUCCUUAGUAAUGCUAAAUGAAAUUCUUUGUAAUAAAGAGUUAUUGGAUAAUCAAGAAAUUGCUUACAUGUUCUAUACAAAGCAUGCGACCAAUACUUUCUUCUCAUUGAUCUUGAAAGAAUACAAUUUCAUCGAAUGAGCCCGAAAUAUGCGUAUCUUUGCUUACGAAAUACUCAUCAAGUUGAUGCUCUUCAACAGUAAUGAUGCAAAGAAGAGUUUCAGGGUAUGGACGCAUUCGAAUGAUAACAAAAACAGACUUUUCAAAAGGAUGAUCAAACUGAUCAACCAGUUCAGUGCUUAUUUCAUAAACACGAGUAUCAGUAAAAGAAUUCAAGAUUGUCUGGAGAAGACAGAUUUCAGAGAACUUUCUUUGUCCCUUCAAUGGCUCACAUUGCUAUGCCAGAAUGGAAAGUACUGGCAAGAUUACCUCAGCUCUCAGGAUAACUCAGCAAAGAACCAUAAUAUAAUAUAAGAGCAAUUAUAGAGCUACUGAGGACAAGUGUUAUCCAAUUAAAAUUAGAAUACGUGCUUCAAUUGUUAAAAGAGAUUGUGAAGUUUAUCACAGCUACUCUCAAUGGUAGAAACGAGGUUCUUGCCAUCCGGUAUGUAAACUCAUCUCUUAUAAAUCAUUGCAUGAAAAUUCUUAAGAAAGAGAAGAUGAAAAAUGAGAAGGAAUUUCUAUCUGGACUGAAGAAAUUAAGUUUUGUCAGAAAGGAUCCUCAAGAAAUUAAGAAAGAUGCCAAAGCUGAAGAAUCAAAAAGUAUCAAAGAAAUCAGAGCUUUGAAUGAACUCAAGCAUGAAAUCCUUCGUAUGAUUAAUGCUUUGGUAUUUCCAAGCACUGAACAUCAAAUAAAGUCCCUUAAGAAUGAAGAAAUUAUUAACAACAUAAUGAUUUUGAAUUAUACUCAGUUCAGAAUUUUCAAAGAUGAUAUGUACACUCAGGAACUAGUUAACAAGUAUUCUAGCUUAUCAAAAGUGUAUAACAUCAACCUUGGGUUCCAGUCAUAUUAUUUGAUUUCUAAGCUAUGGGACAACAAUGGCAUAGUCCCUUCUAAUUGAGUACAAAGAAAAGACGCAGAAGGAAUGUGGACAAUGUAUUGGAAGCUAGCAAAGGGAUUAUAUAAAAAGUUGAAGUUUUACAAAAGAAGAUACUCUCCUAUUAAAUUGAAAAAGUAUGAACGAUUCAUCAGCAAUAAGAACUUACGAGCUGAAGCUACCGAUUUCUUUGACAGUUACAGCUCAAGUGUUGAGAUAGUUUUGCCUAAUGGGGAGAUAGUCAAAAGAUAUUUUCAAAUACUUCCAUGAUUCUUAUCAUUCACUCAGUCUGGCAAAGAUGAAUUCUGGCUCAAAGCCAAUCUUGAUAAUAGCAAAACUGCAGUGUGCUCCUUUGUUAAAUAUGCAACUGAUAAGGUAGAAGAGCUUUUUAUUCAACAGGAAAUUCAAGAUUUACCAGUUUGCCCUAAAGAUGUGGCAAAGGAAGAAAGCUGGCUCACUGAUGUUACAAGAUUCCUGGUGAUUACUAUCAACAUUAUACUUCUGUUUGGGUUGGAAAUCAACGAAGGAGAAAUUUUAGACAAACCAAGUAUUUUCGGGCUGCAUUAUAAGACUACAAGAGCAACUUUGCUUAUUCUUUGUUCACUUUUGUUCGUACUUUUCUGAUACAUUUUUGCUAUACAAGGGACCAUUAUAAUGAGGCUAAUGGCUAAAAGAGCAGUCAGAGGAAAGAAGAGACGAAAUGAAUUAGUUACAUUUUCACGAACAUUUCGGUACGUUAUUGAAAACAAGGAAGAGACUCUUGAACAAAGAAAUUUCUGGUGCCUGCUGCCCUGACUAAUCUUCUCUUUUAUUGGGAUUGCUUUCAACUACUUCUGGUUUGCAUUUACUCUACUUUACAUGGUAAUUUUCUCACCGCAGAUACUUGAGAUGACAAAUGCCCUCUGGAAGCCCAAAAAGCGUAUUUUCUCUACCAUUAUUUUAAGUUCAAUGGUAUUGUAUUGGUUCGCAAUUUUGGCAUAUGUCUAUUUUGGAAGCGACUUCAAUUAUAUUAUACCAGAUUCAAACCAGACCUUGACAAGAACCUUAGCAGUAAUUUUUGACUCCUGGUAUAAAUUUGGGCUUGGGGCUUUCCUAACAGAAAAUGGCAAAUCUGCUAUCGUGGAAGAGAUAAACGGUGAAAACCAGUAUAACCUCAAUGGAGCUAGACUAGCAUUUGAUUUCGGCUUCUUCUUCAUUGUUCCAACUCUUCUCUUAAGUAUACUGAGCGGUAUAAUUAUUGACAACUUUGGAACCAGGAGAUCAGUAAGCGAUAAUAUCAGAAAAUAAGCAAAGUGAACAAUGUUUUAUUUGUGGAAAGGCAUCAAGCGAUUUGCCAGAUUUCGAAGAGCAUUGCAAAUUUCAUCAUAACAUCUGGGAUUAUAUGUACUACAUCGGGUUCAUAAAAGCCAUGACUGUCACCCAAAGAACAGACUACAGAGAUAUCUACGUGAUGCAGUGUCUCACCUUAAACCAGAACGACUGGUUCCCCGCUUAUAAUGAACUUAAGAAGAAAGAUAAGCUGAGACAGGAAGAGCAGCCUGGGGGUAUCGGUAAGUAGGCGUACACAACUGCGCUUGACACUCUUUCCCAAAUUUCCCUAAAUUAGCUCCCCCAAUUUCUCUUCUAUCUCAUCCAAUUCCUCAGUUCUUUGCAGGAGUAAACUAAGCCAAUUACCUCACUUGCUCUUCUUCUUGGCUUACCUCAAAACCUGCUCUGGCUUAACCUAGAGCCAAUAUCUCCAAUAAAGCUUCCCAGCUGGUCAGGUGAAAUCGGAAGUCUUAAGAAAUGACCUGCUAAUAUUCUUAAUUUUAGGAACCAUCCAAACCUCUGAAACGAAGAUCUUCAACGAUUAUGAUCAAUUAAGUCAGGAUGAAGGAACCAAUGAGAAAGAGAAGGAUUUUGAGGGGAGAAUGAGCAGUCUUGAAAAGAAGAUCAAGCAACAAACGCAGAAGAUCAAUAAAUUAAGAAAAGCAAGAACAUUUAAUAAAAUGAUAU